AUAUAUGAACUAGAUACUAGUUCCUAAAACAAUAACCCAAACUUCUGUUGUCGUAUGAAAACUUUUAAUGUGUGAUCUGGAGUCCAAGAAAUCGUUCGACUUACAUCCAUGUAUAAAUGAAAACAAUGAUGAAGGAAACUCUCCGGAAACUAUCUUCAAAACAAAAAGAUGUGAAGAUAUCGAAGUGAUUCGCAAUAACUUAGAUUCUCAAACGUGUUCAGUGAAUGAUAAUCAGUGUUGUGAAAGCAAUGGUUAUACAGAAAAACAGUAUAAACUUAAUUCAGUAUCAAAUAUCAGUCCAGAAACGGGAACUGUGAAUACUUCUAUUGAAAACAGUAGCUAUGGUAGAAUAAGCUUUCAAGAGACAUCAAGAUUACGACAGAAACGAUUGUAUAAUUCACCUUUAAGUUUACCCGGGAUGAAUGGGGAUUUUUCGGAUGAUAAAGAAAAACGGAAAAACAAAGUAGUAAAUUACAAUACCCUGAGUUACAACAAAUCGAGACAAUUUUUAGACUACGAAGAUAGUAGUAGUCAGUCGGACAUUUUCAUUUACCCAAAAGAAACCCAUUCAAUGCAUUGCUCACUUGAACUUAAAAGCCUUAAACCUUGCCUUUCAGAACUUAAAGAUCGGAGAAGAACGAGAAGCUGUUAUAAAGAUUUUAUAGAUACCACAUUCGAUUCUCUUGACAAAGAUUUUGGCGAGUCAUGUGAAGAAGAUUCCAUUACUGGAUUAAAUAUGCCAUCUGUCACUCACAAUUUAAACCUGGAUAAUCGAGACCUAAGAAGGAAGCUAGAUGAAGAAUUGUCUGCUUACAAACAAAGACUAUCAGCUUACCAAGAAGGCCAGCAACGUCAAACGAAUCUCGUUCAACGUCUUCAGUCUAAGGUUUUGCAAUACAAAGAAAAAUGUCGAACACUGGAACUUAGAUUACAGAUAGCAGAAACCGAAAAUCAGAAUAGAAAGGCUGGCUUGGACGAAAAUACAGCUGAAUAUGAGGCUACCCUACUUCGACUGGAGGAAGAGCAGCAAAGAGCAUCGACACUUGCUGGUGUAAAUACAAUGCUAAGAGAACAACUAGAUCAAGCUACACACGCGAACCAGACACUUUCAUCUGACUUACAGCGCAUCAAGGAAGAAGCUACUCGUUUACGCGACAUCCUUGAACGUCGAGAAGCAGAAUGGAGAAAUGAAGAAGCUGCUUUCAAUGACUAUUUUACUAUGGAACAUGGAAGACUACUUGCUUUAUGGAGAGCAGUUGUAGCAUGUCGACGUCAGUUCGUUGAAGUAAGGGGUCAAGUAGAACGAGAGAUUGGAUCUGCUCGCGUUGAACUUUCUAGAGUAUCAAGAAUAUGUCAAACAGCAUGUGAAAACUUUGCAUCCAACUUACGGACCAUGGAAGCUAGAAACCUGGUGACAAUCGAUCAAGAGAAAAAUGAAAAGAAAAAACUUGAACAUGAACUUGAAGAAAUAACUCGUAGCUGUGAAAAUGUACGUCAACAAGCAAAUGGACAACUUGAACAAGCAAAUCAAAAAAUAGCUAAUUUGAUGGGUCAAAUAGAAGAUAUGGGAAAACAACUUUCCGACAGAGAUCGUACGAUUGAUAGCUUACAACGACUUCGCACUGGCCAGAGUUUAUGUGGUCGUAAAGAAGGAAUAGAUAUCAGUGACCCUUCAGCGCGAUCCUUGGUUGAAGAAACUCAAGCAUUAUAUCAAACACUUCGAGAGAUCUCACAGUCUAUACUCAAUGAUGAUUUGAUGCCUUCUGAUGGUUGUGGAGGCUUUGAAAACUGUUUCCAUCAGUCAAGAUCUCGUUCACCGUGUUAUGCUUCAAAUCCUAAAAUGUCAAUCAAUAGUUUACGUAACUCAAGAGCAGGAGCUUAUGGUCGCACAGGAUCACCACCACCACCGGUUAACAGUACAAACGCCUGUUAUUGGGCUGAUUCAACGUUAUCAGCAGUUCAAGCUGCACUCCAUAAACGUGGACUACAAGUCUCCGAUCUAACUGCAAAAUUAAACACCACAAAAGAUCAAUGUGACUCCAUCAAGCGUCAAUUGGAUGAUAGCGAGAAUGAAAGAAGAAACUUGGAGCGUCAGUUGAUAGAUAUGCGCACAGAACUGGAUAACGUAAGAAGAGAAAAGGAGGAUAUGGGAAGAGAAGUUAAACGAAUUACAGCAAAUAUCCAAACACUAGGCAAUGAAAAGGCAGAUUUAGAAAGACAUCGUUCAAAUAUAACUGAAGAACUAAAAAGUCUACAGAGCGAACUAGAACGAGUUCAAAAUGCUUAUGGUGAGCUGCACAAAAACAGAGAUACAUUAGAAGAGGAGUUAACUUGUGCUCAACGUGAUGCCGAACGAUGUCUAAGAGAGUCAGAACGCAGCCAACGUUGUAUUGACACACUUGAGGAAAGAUUGUCAGCCGAACGGGAGGAAGGAACAAACUUGCGAAGUGCUCUACAGAAAGCUAAACUUGAAGCUGAGAUUAAAGCAAAAGAACUUGCAGAUAUUCAGGAUGCUCUUACAAGAGCUGAAACUCGUAAAGCAGAACAAGAAAAUGAAAUAGCGCGACUGCGUUCUGAUGAAGCAACAUUAGGUGAACACCUAGCUAAGUGUCAGAGUAAAUUGGAAGAGGUUUCCAACAAAAGAUCAAUUCUUCAGAGCCAGUUACGUAACCAAGAAGCAGAAUACAACCAACUAGCAUCCGAUUAUCGAAGUGCUGAUGCUGAUCGUUCAAGUUUGAAAGAAGCUCUUAUUCAAAUGGAAUCUCAAAAGAAUGAAGUUAUCUGCGAAAAGAACAAUGUUUCCCAAGCACUGACGAUUUCUGAGGCUGCGCGUGAAAGACUGGAAGAAGAAAUCAGUAGUCUGAACAGGGAAAAACUGGAAAUUACGGAACAGCUAAAUGCUGUUACAAGACAUAAAAACGGUCUUACCAAUGAACUUAUUCAAAAGAAUAGAGAUUCUGAACGACUUCGUGACGUCAUUGGGCGCCUAAAUAGAGAAAAAGAAGAUUUAACAAAAGAAAAGGGUGAGCUUUCAACACAAAUCACUGCACUUAGUCGAGAGUUACGGCAAACAUGCGAUAUACUUGCUGGACUUAAAAAGGAGCACGAAAAUUUAGAAGCCGACUAUUAUCAAGCUAAACAGCAAGUAAUGCAGCUGGAAACGAAAAGAGAUUUACUUGAUAACGAAUUACAGGAACAAAACCUAAAACGUGAACAUUUGUUAGUUGAACUAAAGCGCACACAAGAAGACCUUCAACAAGAAAUCGAUCGUGGACUUCAAGCUCGCGAACAAGCUUCUCAAGUCCUACAGAAGCGUGAAGAUGAAUUGCAAGCAGCAAUGAGACUGGCAAAGAACUCUGCUGACGCAGAAAUAUCCAGAUUGAGGAACCAAUUGACAGAAUGCCGACAAACGGCUGAUAAGGAUAUUCGAGAUCUCACCUCAAGCCACAAGGAAGCCAUUAAAGAAAUUAUAAAACAAGGAGAAAAAGAGAAGCAAGAUUUUGACAACGAGCUUAUGAAACUUCAACGUGAAAGAGAUGAAAUAACUUUGGCUUAUGAAGCGGACAAACAAAACUUAUUAUCUUUCAGUGAACAAGAACGAGCGACCUUGAACGAGCGAUUGAAUACUGCUCUACAACAGAUUAAAACAUUAGAGUCAGAAAUUGAAAGAAUUAAACGCGAAGCAUCAGCACGACACGAACGUGAUGAUAUUGCUAAAGUUGAACUGACACGAGAACUCAAGGAAUUCCGUCAGCAUUACGAGGAGACAUGUGCACUCAAUGAACAAGCUUUGAAAAAUCUUCAAGUAAAAUCUGCACAAUUAAUUGCUGAAAGAGACCAUGCAAGGAAUGAAGUGAAUGAAUUGAAAAUGCAAAUAACACUACUCGAGGAGGUUAGAGAUGGAUUACAGAAAAAUAUAGCCGAAUUGUCACGUCGUUUAAAGGAAACAGAUGAAGCCCGAGAAACACUGCGUAAAGAAAUUAUUGAUCUGCGACGAACCCUAGCUGAAACACAGCGUGAUCGAGAUAAUAAAGAAGAAGCGAAAGAAAACCUUGUUAAACGAGUUCAAUCUUUGGAGACUGAACGUGUUGAACAAAACAGAGUACUCAGUGAUCAACAGCAACAAAUAUCCGCAUUUGAAGAGCAGAAGUGUUCAGAUAGUAAGGAAAUUGGUGAGUUGCGUGCAAGUGUUCGUGAGAGUGAGAAAGCUCGUCUUGAUGUUCGUCGUGACCUACAAGAAGCAAGGCGUCAGCUUAAAGAUGCACAAUCAGAUCGAGAAAGACAAGCCAAAGACAUCCUAGAAAUGCAGUCUCGAAUAACACGUGAAGAAGAAAAGAAUGAAGAACUGCGUCAAGAAAACGCUAUUUUGAAACAACGCAAUGGUGAAAUCGAUUCCUGUCGUUCUAAACUUCGCAAGGAACUGGCCACUAGUGAAAGAAGAAUAUGUGAUCUUCAAGAAUUGCUGUCCAGCAGAGAACGUGAAUAUAAACAAGCGGCAGAUCAUGCAAAUUGUGAAUACCGUCGUCUAACUGAUACAAGAAACCAAUUGGAGGCGGCCGCUGAAACACUUAACAAUGAUUUGGCCGAAGUCAGAUUGGCUUUAAGUGAUGCUGAAGGUCGCGUAGGUACAUUAGAAGCUCAGGUGUCAAGAAGUGAAUCAAUAAGAAGAGACUUGGAAUUCAAAUUAGCGUGCAUACAUAGUUCACUUCGUCGACUUAUCGGUUUUAAUCAAAGUCGCCAUCGAUCAAAAACUCCGUCAAGACUAAGGGAUUCAACCUCCAUUUCUCCAAUUCGUAAACUAAGAACAGGGACAAGUCCGAAUGGUAGUCGGGAUAACUCUCCUGCUAAUGAUGCGGCUGGUGAUUCUAAAUGUUCAAAUAUAUCCAGGUCAUACCCAGGUGAUGGGUCGCUAAAUGCAUUAGAUAUCGAUCCUGAAGCAGUUCGUUUGGCCUUACGUGAGUUCGUACAGAGAUAUUCUUCAAUCAAACGAGAUUAUGAAGAUGCACAAGCGCAGAUUGCAUCACUUCACUCUCGAUUAAAUGAGCAAGCUGAACAAACUGAACAGUGGGCUCGCCGACUUCAUCAACUUCAACAGGCUUUAUGUGAAGCUGAAGCAGACAAAAAAGGAGUAGAUGGACGUUUAUCAAGCACUCAAACUGCUCUUAUGUUGCAAGAAGAAACACUAAGACAAAAUGAACGUGAUAGAAAAAUAAUGGCGGAGAAAAUCAGUCAACUGGAAAGACAGAUUUCUACAAUGGAAAAUGAGAAACGUGAGGACCAGGAAAAAAUAAUGCAUUUGCGUCAAGUUAGUGCACGCCUAGAAGAAGAACGGCGUCUUAGUCGAAGAGCCUUGGAUGAGGCUGAAAAUCGUAUCACCCAGCUUGAAGUAACUAGAAGAUCAUUAGAAGGUGAAUUACAACGUUUAAAAAUGUGUGUAAGUGAUAAGGAAACUGAAAAUCAAAUACUUGAAGAUAGGUGUCAAAAUCUAUGCAAACAAAUACAGGACUUAGAAUCUAAAUCUCAGUCAUUACAGUUAACAGUUGACCGUCUGGGUACAGCAUUAGCUAAAACAGAAGAAUUAGAAAGUUCAAGCAAAGAUAAAGUGCAACAGCUAAAUUCAAGUCUUUCAGAGCAUAAUCAAACUAUAUUAGAAUUACAGGAACGUUUAGUACAUUUACAGAAAGCCUUAACAAAUUCAGAAAAUGACAGACGAAUAAUACAGGAGCGUUUGGAUAAUACACGUACUGUGUUACAUGAUCAAAAACAUCAAAACCAACAGUUAGGUGAGAGAAUACAGUCAUUACAAAGUGAAUUAUCUGAUGCUGAACUUCGACGUAGUGAACUUGAGAGUCAAAUUCGUCAAACAAAUAACAUCCUUGACAAACGGCAAGAAAAUGAACAGGAGCUUAAUAAACAACUCCAAACGAUUUUGAGGGAGAGACAAGAGCUGUUAGAAAGAGUGUCAAGCUUACAACGUAAUUUAACAGAUGUUGAAAACAUGCGCGAUCAGUUAAUGAGAUCAAGCAAUCACUUAGAAAAAGAUAGACAUAACCUUCGACGUCAUCUAGAGAAAGCUGAAAGAGAAAAACAACAAAAUGAGGAGAUUGCAAACAAAAGUAAUCUUGAUCGUACAGAAUUAGAAAUAACAUUACGACGUCUAGAAGAAGAGAAUGCGGACAGACGGAAGCAAAUUCAAUUUUUACAAUUAAAAUUAGUUGAAAUGGAACAAGCGCAUACCAAACACCUACAUGAACUGGCAAGUCGACAUCGUGCUGAAAGUGAACUAGAAAUGGAACGAUUGCGCUGUGGUAAGGCUCAAGCGGAACGUGCACUUGAAGCACGUGAACGUGCACAUAAACAACGUGUCCGAGCACUAGAAGAACAAGUUGUACAUUUAAAAGUCAAGUUGGCUUCAUUUAAAGAUCAAACGAUAUUAGACGCAAAUAGACCACAACAAUUAGUUAGCAGCGCAAAUAAGCUUUCAACAGCUGGUCGUUCGGAAAUCCCACUGAAUACUGGUAGACGUUCUUUAGAACGUAAGUCUGGUGCACAAAAUGAUUUAGGCUUGAAGCCAUCGUUUUCUAGCAGUGAUGUACGACGUACGAUUGAUAGUGGAAAUACAGAAAAUCGUAAUACAGCAUCUAGAUAUGUAACAAGUAGUCGACCAACUAGACUUCCGAGAAGAUGAUUAAUUUACAUCAUCAUAAAAUUCAUAAAGCAAAAACCUGUUUAAAAGUUUCUUCUUUCAAAAUAACACUAAACACUUUUACAUUCUUCUCCAUUAGGUCAAAAAUAUUAUCUUCAGGGAUUUACCUUAAUCCAAUUCCUAGUAUGUUUAUAUUCGAUACUUAAGUAUGUACUCUUUCCUUGAAUACACAAUAAUUGUCUCGUUUAUGUCGUUAGGUUUUCAUCAUUAUUAAUACUUAUGCAUACUUUGUGUAAAAGGAAAAAACUUUUUUUUUAACUAAGAUGAAAUUCAAUUUCAGUUACCUUCAUAUAUACACAGAUUAUAUAUAUUUGCUAAGUAAUUUAAUGAAUUCAGCGAUAGGUUAUUAUUACUGGUAAUGAAAACAGUAGUAUUCCUCUUUGAAUCUGAUAUAUAUAAAAAAAUUUCAGGAGAAAAUUUUACAAAAUAAAAAAGUAUGCAUUUUUAGUUAGAUGCAGAAAAGAUAUACAAAUGCACGAAAUAAAUAAAGCAUGAUCAAUAAAUAAUAUGAUGUGUUGUUCGAAAUGUAUAAAAAUUAUUGAAGACAACGCUACUGAAUAAAGUCUUGUUAUUUUU